AUUCCAAUUCAGUUGUUGACAGGUCAAAACUUCAUUUCGAAAUAGGUAUGAAGCGAAGAUGCAUAAAUCUGUAUCUUCAAAUAGAAAUGCUUUGCUUGAAGAAAACAUGAACAAUGAGCCCAUAAUGAACUCGGGUGUAGGUGUGGAUAUCGGUGGAUCCAUGAUAAAACUUGUUUAUUUCAGACCCUUGGAACCUGUAGAACUGCCUUCAUAUGUCAUGAAAGAAGCUAUUGGAUUGAGACUAAGACGCGACUCCCAUCUCUCUAUCAAUAGUAAAGACCUAGGUGGCGUUAUAAGGUUUAUAAAAAUGCCUAUUGGUAGAGCCGAUACGUUCAUCAAGUUUGUAAAAGAUACAAAAGUUUUUCAAUUUUUUGGCUUGCAUAUUAGUCAAAAGCUCAAUGCUACGGGGGGAGGAGCCUUCAAAUUCGAAAAGAAAAUCAAGGAGGAACUGGACAUUAACAUCAAUAAAUUAGACGAAAUGGAAAUGCUUGUCAGUGGACUUGAUUUCGUCCUUAACCAUAUAGAAAAUGAAGUGUUUACAUACAGUCACGAGAUGAGAAAGCAGCAGUUCUUGUCGACUGCGAUGUCCAGGCCAGACGACAAACCCUACUUACUUGUCAAUAUUGGAAGCGGUGUUUCAAUUCUAAAAAUAACCCCAGAAAAGACCUUUCAGCGUGUUUCUGGGUCUUCUAUCGGUGGAGGAACGUUUUGGGGAUUGCUCCGAAAGAUGACGGAAAUCACCAAUUGGGAAGAGGUCAAAGUGUUAAGCUCCAAAGGUGACAAUAAAAAUAUCGACCUACUAGUUGGAGACAUUUACGGACACGGAUACGAUAAAUUAGGACUAGAUUCUAAUGUAAUCGCGAGCAGCUUUGGAAAAUACGGAACGAGGUUCGACCAUGAUAAUCCAAAUUUCUAUCCUCCUUUUGAUGUACCUGUUCAUUGGACCUCAAAUAUUAAAAAAAACAGCACUAGUGCUGAUCAACGCGACAACAAUUCACCUGAUUCUACUGCUGCUUAUUCCUCUGCUGAUAUAAUAAACAGCCUGCUCUUCAUGAUAAGCAACAACAUUGGCCAGGUAGCGUAUCUCAACGCAAAGCUGCAUCAAGUCAAGCGAGUUUAUUUCGCCGGAGGGUUCAUCCAAGGAAACCCAUUCGUCUGGCAUACACUUAGCUAUGCAAUAAAUUUUUGGUCAAAAGGUGACAUGCAGGCUAUGUUUUUAACACACGAUGGGUACCUCGGCUCACUGGGUGCACUCAUCACGCCAAGACAAAAAAGAGAAGACAGAUUCAAAAAUGCUAGCUAAAAAAAUCAUUAUAAUCUGUCUUAAUCAAUCA